CAAUUGUUUCGUGACCACUUGACUGAAAAUGUCGAGCCUACGCCGUGCGUUUUCCUUUCCAAAGAUUAAUUUCAAGUCUUUACCGAAGUUUGAUAGCCAUAAAUGGUCGUCGAGGCCCAUCCCCUGUGCCAAGAGUCACCUGGAGGUUCCUGAAGGUGUCAUGGAGUCCAUGCACCUGAAAAACAACAUGAAAUUAAUCUGUGAACACAGGACAGACUCUUGUUUUACAGCUGUAGGAUGUUUUCUUCCUGCUGGGGCGAUCCAUGAAUACCCUGAGGAACGUGGGGCUGCUCUAUUCCUAGAGCAUCUACUCUUUCGAAAGACUAGAUGUAAGAAUCCUGAAGAUAUUGAAAAUGAACUAGGAAAAAUGGGGGCCAACCUCUCAGCAACUGCCUCGAGAGAUCUUUUCCUCUUCUACGGGACAGUCCCUUCCUGGGAGUUUGAGAAAUUGAUGGGUCUGUUGGCAGAGGUAAUUCUCGAUGGACUCGUCUGUGAAGAAGAUGUUGAAAAGGAGAAGGCAGUGAUCCUCAGACAGCUGGACGAUAUGGAGAGCAACUUCGAGGGCAGGACGAUGGAUUAUCUCCCGAGUGUUGCGUACCAGGGGACGAACCUGGGGAGAAGUAUUUACCCAGACACUUGUGUCAUCGAGAAUAUGACAGCAGACACAGUGAAUUCCUUCAGAACUCGUCUCUUCCAGCCCCAUAACAUCACGAUGAUCAGCACGGGAGGCACCUCCUUCGAGGAACUGCAGUGCCUCGCAGGAAGAUAUCUCGAAGACGACGAUCCCUGCAAGACCUCCGAGCCAAUCUACCAGGAAAUUUAUCCUGAAUCCCUAGCUUUCAGGUACACAGGCUCGGAGAUGAGGUACAGGGAUGACGACCAGGAGUUGGGGUAUGUAGCAAUGGCUGUGGAAGGUCCAGGACAAGAAAAUUGUGGUGAUCACUGUGUCAUGACUGUUGCCAAGGACUUCGUUGGACAGUGGAGUCUAGCAGAUGGGGGUUACAAAAAUAAUGCUCCCCAUCUGGCUGAACGUGCCUUCGGUACAGACAUGUGUCAUCUCUACAAAUCCUUCAACAUCGGUUGGAAUUGCACUGGACUCUGGGGCUGCUACUUCGUGUGUGAGAAAAUGCAACUCGAGGACAUGGUGUUCAUGGUGCAGAAGGAGUGGAUGCGCCUCUGCACCUCGAUAACGAGUAAAGAAGUGGCUCGAGCAGUUAAUCAGUGCAAAAUGAGGGAAUUAAUGAGUGUAAAGACCCCAGAGGAUAGAUUCCUCGACAUUGCGAUGUGCAUUUACUACCGAGGAACUUAUCAGACGUUCAAUGAGAGACUAGCGAGAUACGAUGAAGUAUCAUUAGACGGUUUAAGACAAGUAGCUGAUAAAUAUAUCUACGACCAGUGUCCAGUGAUUUCGGCCCUUGGAAGAAUCGAGAAUCUUCCAGACUACAAUUUCAUCAGGACUUACAUGUAUCAAUUGAGACGUUAAAUGGAUUAAAAAAGC